CAACCAGCAGCUCUUUCCUCUCUGCUCUACACUGGUCCACUGUACAAACUGACCAAGCAAAUCCUCAAACAAAGAUUGUUGAUUCCUCAUAGUGUGUGUGAAUCAUGCUUCCUCAAGAACAAGAACAACCAUUGCUACUAAACCCAACAAUCGAUUCCGACAAGGGAGAAACAGCAUACGAAUCGACUGAAAAAGUCCAGAUAAUCGGAGUCGACGAAGCCGAAGAACACGAUUCCGGAGACUAUACCAAAAUCCCACCUUUUUCAUGGAAGAAGCUGUGGCUUUUCACAGGACCUGGGUUCUUGAUGAGUAUAGCGUUUCUGGAUCCGGGUAAUUUGGAGGGUGAUCUCCAGGCGGGUGCAAUUGCAGGGUACUCUCUGUUAUGGCUUUUGUUUUGGGCUACGGUUAUGGGGCUUCUGGUUCAGCUUCUCUCGGCGAGGCUUGGUGUCGCCACCGGUCGCCACUUGGCGGAGCUGUGCAGGGAUGAGUAUCCCAGGUGGGCGAUGUUGUUGUUGUGGGUUAUGGCUGAGCUGGCUCUGAUUGGGGCUGAUAUUCAGGAGGUUAUUGGAAGUGCCAUUGCUCUUAAAAUUUUGAGUAAUGGUGUCUUGCCACUAUGGUCUGGUGUUGUCAUUACUGCUCUUGAUUGUUUCGUUUUUCUAUUUCUUGAGAACUAUGGUGUGAGGAAAUUAGAGGCACUUUUCGCCAUCCUCAUUGCGACCAUGGCACUUUCUUUUGCAUGGAUGUUUGGUGAAACAAAACCCAGUGGUGUUGAGCUUCUUCUUGGUAUUUUAAUUCCAAAACUCAACUCAAAAACAAUACAACAGGCUGUGGGAGUUGUGGGAUGCAUCAUCAUGCCUCACAAUGUCUUCUUACAUUCCGCACUAGUACAGUCAAGAGAGAUCGACCACCACAAGGUUGGUCGAGUUCGAGAAGCUCUCAAUUACUACUCGAUAGAGUCUGGUGUUGCCCUUGCAGUCUCCUUCAUAAUCAAUCUAUUUGUUACAACGGUAUUUGCAAAGGAGUUUUAUGGAACUGAACAAGCCAAUAAUAUUGGUCUUGCUAAUGCGGGCCAGUAUCUUCAGGAGAAGUAUGGUGGAGGGUUGUUCCCAAUUCUGUACAUCUGGGCUAUUGGAUUGUUAGCUGCUGGCCAAAGUAGCACUAUCACUGGCACUUAUGCCGGGCAGUUCAUCAUGGGAGGUUUUCUAAACUUGCGGUUGAAAAAAUGGAUGAGGGCAUUGAUAACAAGAAGUUGUGCUAUCAUCCCAACUCUGAUUGUUGCUCUUGUUUUUGAUAGUUCUGACGACACAUUAGAUGUUCUAAAUGAAUGGCUUAAUAUACUCCAGUCAGUUCAGAUCCCUUUUGCCCUUAUUCCCCUUCUCUGUUUGGUGUCCAAGGAGGAGGUCAUGGGUGUUUUCAAGAUUGGUCCUGUUCUCAAGGUGGUUUCAUGGCUUGUGGCUGCCUUGGUGAUAGUGAUCAAUGGGUACCUCUUGCUGGAAUUUUUCUCUUCUGAAGGAAGUGGACUCUUAUUCACCUGUGUGGUAUCUGCUUUCACAGCUGCAUACAUUGUGUUCAUAGGAUACCUCAUUUUCAGAGGCAUUACAUUUUCCCAUUGGGUUGUCCAAGCCAAGAGGUUUGCUCAAAGGAAUUGAUCAAUCAUUCGUCCAACACUCGUGUUGAAGGCACAAUACUGGAUUCAUGAAGCACUUUCAAUUGCAGCUACCCAACUGCUUGUGCCAAGGAAAUUAUUAUUUUCUAAACAAAGCAUGUUCUCCACUUUUGUGCAUAGUUCUAUGAUCCAGUGGCUUAGCUUAGUUCCUCUCUGCGGUAUGCAACGAACAUUUGCAGUUUCUUUGUGAACCUGCUUUUAUUUCCUCGUGUAUGAAGGAUGGGAGAAAGAAGGCUGAGCAAGGCUGCUACUUGAACAGAAUUCUUUCCCCUGUAGAAGAUCCCGACCAGUGUAUCUAUUUCAAAUUCAAGUUUUGAAAUACGAGUGAUGCUUUGGGUGUGAGCUGUAACAGUGUAAUAAUUUACUUGUCAAGUGGGCAAUGCCCCAACUUUCUGUUGGUAUUGUGCUGUGGCUUUGUUCUUUAAUACUCCUGGCUUGUUCAUUUCCUUGCUCUUCUGAUCCUCUCUCUCUCACACACACACAA